AUGAUGGAUAACUGUUCUGGUGUGUCGACGCUCCUGACCGACAGCCUCGAGCUGGAGCUGGGGACGGAAUGGUGCAAGCCCGCUUGCUUUUCUUGUGCUGUUGACAACGGAGGAGGAGGAGGAGGAAACCACUUUUCUGGGGACUCCUACCUUUCCAGUGGGACACUUAAGAGAUUAUUUUUGAAUCUCGAUCCUUUACCAACUAGCUUUGAAGAGGACACAGUGGAACUAUUUGGCAUUCAGUGGGUUACUGAAACAGCAUUGGUGGAUUCCUCUAGAGAGCUCUUUCAUUUAUUCAGGCAAAGACUAUACAACUUGGAAACCUUGUUACAAGCUAGCUGUGAUUUUGGGAAGAUAUCAGCCCUACAUGAGAAAGCAGACAGUAUUAGACAACAGUGCGUAAUAUUUCUCCAUUAUGUUAAAGUUUUCAUCUUCAGAUAUCUGAAAGUACAAGAGGCUGAGAGUCAUGUUCCUGUCCAUCCCUAUGAGACUUUGGAGGCUCAGCUUCCCUCAGUGUUGGUUGAUGAGCUGCAUGGAUUACUCUUGUAUAUUGGACAUCUAUCUGAACUUCCCAGUGUUACCAUAGGAGCAUUUGUAAAUCAAAACCACACUAAGCUUUUUCCACCAUCAUGGCAUUUAUUACAUCUCCAUUUGGAUAUCCAUUGGCUGGUCCUAGAAAUUCUUCACAUAUUAGGUGAAAAAAUGAAACAAGUUGUUUAUAGUCAUCAGUUUAUGAAUCUGGCAGGUGAUAAUUUAACCAAUGUCAGCCUGUUUGAAGAACAUUGUGAAAAUCUCCUUUGUGAUUUAAUAAGCCUAUCACUCAACAGGUAUGACAAGGUUAGGCUUACUGAAGCAUUAAUGAAUCAUCAUUGUCCAUGUCUGUGUGUUAAAGAAUUAUGGAUUCUACUCAUUCAUCUGUUAGACCACAGAAGUAAAUGGUCUCUUUCAGAAUCAUUUUGGAACUGGUUGAAUAAGCUACUUAAAACACUCUUUGAAAAAUCCAGUGACCGAAGACGACAUUCUGUGCCUAUAAUCCAGUCCAGGGAUCCAGCAGGUUUUAGUUGGUGGAUUAUUACUCAUAUAGCAUCUUUUUACCAAUUUGAUCGCCAUGGAGUACCUGAUGAAACGAGACAAAUGGUAUCUAAUUGGAACUUUGUAGAAGAACUGCUAAAAAAGUCCAUCAGUGUUCAGGAUGGUAUAUUAGAGGAACAAUUACGAAUGUAUCUUCAUUGUUGUUUGACACUUUGUGAUUUCUGGGAACCAAAUAUUGGAAUUGUCACCAUUCUAUGGGAAUAUUAUAGUAAGAACCUGAAUAGUUCCUUCACUAUUUCUUGGCUUCCUUUAAGAGGCUUUAUUAAUAUGAAGUCACCCUUAACUAUGCUUGAAAUGGUGAAGACCUGCUUUUCUGAUAAACAAGACCAUGACCUAUAUAAAUCCAGCAAUAGUUACAACAUUUUCCUUUGCAUUUUGGCAAAAGUUGUUAAGAAAGCAAUGAAGAACAAUGGCCCUCAUCCUUGGAAACAAGUCAAAGGAAGAAUAUAUUCUAAAUUCCAUCAAAAAAGAAUGGAAGAAUUAACUGAAGUUGGUUUGCAAAAUUUUUUCAACCUUUUUCUGCUAUUAGCAGCUGUGGCAGAGGUUGAAGAUGUAGCAAGUCAUGUUUUAGAUCUCCUUAAUUUCCUGAAGCCUGCCUUUACAACAUCUCACAGGGCCCUCAUUUGGAAAGGUCAGAUGGCCUUCCUCUUGAUGUAUGCCCAGAACAAUCUGGACAUUGCUGUUUUGGCUGAGAAACUUUCGUGUGCUUUCCGGGAAAAAGCAAAGGAAUUCCUGGUAUCUCAGAAGGAUGAAAUGGCACAGAGACAGGCUCUGUGGUCUUUGCUUUCCAUCUACAUUGAUGGUGUUCAAGAAGUGUUUGAAACCAGCUACUCCUUGUAUCCUUCUCAUGAGAAACUGCUCAAUGAUGGAUUUAGUAUGCUUCUGCGAGCUUGUCGGGAACCUGAACUUAGGACUGUGUUGAACUUUCUACAAGCUAUUCUGGCCAGAAUCAGGAGUAUAUAUCAGCAAUUGUGCCAGGAACUUCAAAGAGAAAAUGUGGACCUAGUUGUGCAAUCUUCAUUAUUGGCUAAAGAGCGCCAUCUUGCUGCAAUUGCCAGUGCACUAUGGAGACAUUUCUUUUCAUUUUUGAAGAGUCAGAGAAUGACACAGAUAGUGCCUCUCUCACAACUUGCAGAUGCAGCUGCAGAUUUCACUUUGCUAGCAGUGGAUUUGCCAAGCACAGCUCCAUCAGAUCUUCAGCCUCAACCAGUUAUAUCAAUAAUUCAACUUUUUGGUUGGGAUGAUAUCAUCUGGCCUCAAGUUGUAGCAAGAUAUUUAAGUCAUUUACUACAAAAUAGCACAUUGUGUGAAGCACUUUCUCAGUCAAGCCAUGUUUCUUUUCAAGCCUUGACUAUAAGAUCGUGGAUCCGUUGUAUUUUACAAAUGUAUAUAAAAAACCUUUCUGGGUCUGAUGAUUUGUUUAUGGACAUAAAUUCUGAACAAGCAUUUGAAAAAGAGUACAUGGAACAGUUGGCUGAACUGACAAGGUUACUAUUUAAGCUCUCAGAAGUAAAGAGUGUUUUCUCAAAGGCUCAAGUUGAAUAUUUACCUACCCCAGAAGACCCUAAAAAUGCACUUGUUCAAUUCCUUGAGGCUGUUGGUAUAACUUAUGGGAAUCUCCAGACACUUUCUGAUAAAUCUGCCAUGGUCACAAAGUCCUUAGAAUACCUUGGUGAAGUAUUAAAGUAUAUAAAGCCUUAUUUGGGAAAAAAAGUUUCCAGUGCAGGGCUACAGCUGACUUAUGGGAUUAUGGGAAUUCUUGUUAAAUCGUGGGCACAGAUCUUUGCCACCUCUAAAGCUCAAAAAUUACUGUAUCGGAUCAUAGAUUGUUUAUUGCUGCCACAUGCAGUGUUACAGCAAGAGAAGGAGCUGCCUGCCCCUAUGUUGACUGCGAUUCAGAAGAGUCUUCCUUUGUAUCUCCAGGGCAUGUGUAUCGUGUGUUGUCAGUCUCAAAAUCCAAAUGCCUAUUUGAAUCAAUUGCUGGGGACUGUUAUUGAGCAGUAUAUUGGGCGAUUUCUUCCAGCUUCACCAUAUGUUUCAGGUCUUGGACAACAUCCUGUUUUGUUGGCACUGAGAAACUCGACCAGUGUUCCACCAAUAGCAUCACUAAAGAAAUGCAUUGUACAAGUCAUCAGGAAAUCUUAUCUUGAGUUUAAAGGGCCCUCACCUCCUCCUCGCUUAGCAUCCGUUCUGGCCUUCAUCCUCCAACUCUUCAAAGAAACUAACAUAGAUAUUUGUGAAGUUGAACUACUCCUCCCUGGCAUCUUAAAAUGUUUGGUGUUGGUCAAUGAACCCCAAGUUAAAAGGCUGGCCACAGAGAACCUGCAAUGCAUAGUAAAAGCCUGCCAAGUGGGGUCAGAAGGAGAACCUGCUGCCCAGCUGACUUCUGUGUUUAGGCAGUUUAUCCAGGAUUAUGGUAUGAGAUAUGAUUAUCAAGUUUACAACAUUUUAGAAAAAGUAGCAACACUGAACCAGCAGGUUGUCAUCCACUUGAUUUCUACCCUCACUCAAUCUCUGAAGGAUUCUGAGCGGAAAUGGGGCCUCGGCAGAAAUAUUACACAAAGGGAAGCCUAUAGCAAACUCUUGUCUUACCUGGGACAGAUGGGACAAGAUGAGAUGCAGAGACUGGAAAAUGAUAAUACCUAAUAUAUUUUGUGGUUUGUCCUCUCUAUUGAUUAUCAGUAUCUAAAGCCACUUUGCACCACUCUAACUCCUAUUUUUAAUUAAUUGUAUAAUGUUCUGUUAAAAAUAAUGUCUGAGAUUUUUUUUCCUUACAUACCUGUAAAUAUAAAGUGUACAAAUAAGAAAAUAAAGGAUAAUUAGUAAGUAUGUAAUAGGAUCCUUUGAAUCUUGCAAUGCUGCUUCUGUUUUGAAGAGAUUUUAAACUAAAGGAACUUUGUAAUUGGGAGUGUUUUCUAUGUGAUUAUUAAACAGAUUUGUACAGGUUCAUCCCUGGACUUUUUACUGUAAUGUAACUUCCUGAUUUGUGACUGACCAUAUUUUGUUUUGUUUUGUUUUACAAGUUAUGUUUUAAUCUGAUACUUUUUCAAAUUACCUGGCUAUCCUAAUCUGGUUUGUUUUUUAAACUUAUACCAACAGUCUCUAUGAUUAGGUUCCAAGAGUUGUCAGAUUUUUUUCUCUAGUCAUCCUUCCUUUCAGAGUUGUUAAAAGACAUAUCCAGAAGAAGAAAUACAGGUCUUUUAAGAAAAGAGAAUAAAUAACAAUAUUCUUGGAAAUUCUCAAGAUUACUAAUAACAGACCUGAGGAGUGAGCUGUUCCAUCUCCUUGCUUUUCCAUCAGAAUUUCUUAACAACUGAGCAUCUUAUAACCUUUACAGGAACUGGUUUAGCUUUCUUCAGUAGAUACUGUUUCUCGGCUGUUUAACUCGGUCUCAUCCAAGUUGUUUAGUUAAUGGACUGGGCCCUGUCCUGGAGUCCUUUUUGUGGUGACCAUUAUUUGGCAGAAAGAGCUCUAGGCCUAGUGUUGGAAUUCACCUGAGUCUCAAACCCAGCCCUGCUUUGUGACCAUGAACAAGUUACAUAACUAUUCUAAACCCAAUUUCUCUGGAAGAAAGGCGAGCAAUGUUAUGAUGAGAAUCACAAGGAUAAUUAGGUGAAAUAUUUGGUGGCCCAUAUUCUGUUUAGAGGUAUAUAGACAUGAUGAUCAUUCAUCCGCAAUAUACAGAAUACCUCUCAGUUUUGUUCUUCUUUGCCUACUGCUGUGUCCUACUAGUCGACUUAUCCCACUGUUUUUUCAGUGCUCCUUUGGGUGUCAUGUUUACUAAUUUUAAAACAAUUUCUUAGCUUCUUGGAAUUAGAACCUUCAUCAUGGUUCUUCAAAAAAGUUUUCAAUCCUUUUGUGCCUCAAGAAGUUAUCUUUAAAGAUGAAAUACAUUGUAAUCAGCAUUCUGUAUUUACUAGCUCUCUCAUAAUUGUAAUUUAUGAAAUACAAAAGAUUGUUAUUUUUUAUGACUUACAAAUAGUCUAUCUCCCCCACCCUGCCCAAAUCAACUACCUUUACUCAUUCUUUCAACAAAUGGGAUAAAAGCUUCCUUAAAGUUGCUUUAUAGACUUCAUAGCAAUGAGUUUCUAUUCAUUAUGAUAGUGAUUUAAAGCCAAUAAUAUAUUGCUUUGCACAUUUCAGCAGUUAAAGGAAUGGUAUGUCUUUAAGAUGAUUCCUUUAAAGAGGAUGUGUGUGUGUGUGUGUGUGUGUGUGAGAGAGAGAGAGAGAGACAGAAAAAGAAUGUGUGUCUGUACUAUUUUCCAGGGGAGAUGGACAAGGAUAUCUUGGAGAAUCUUACCUAGAGUAUGAAAAUUUCACGGGACAUGAAAACCUGCUACUGAAUCAUACUAAAAAUCACUGGCGCUUAUACCUAAGAAUCAGCAACAACAAAAAGUCUGUAACUGUAUAUUUAUGUUUGUAUUUAUAUACAUGUAAAAUUGUAAAGAAACUUUCUUAAUAAAGGACAGAAAUGUA